AUGACUAACACCGAAAACUCUUCAUCUACUGACGAAUCGUCGAUAUCAAAAAAGAAGAAAUUAUUUUGUGUAACUCGCUAUUCAUUAGGAAAAACUUUAUCGAAAGAAUUGUUUAUUGAACAUGAAUUUGCUGAUGAUGAAACUCGACAUCGUCUCAUUGAAUUACGUACAUCCAUACAAAAUGAAAACAAACAUUAUUUAUUAUUAGCAUCAGUAGCUUUCAUUCUUAAUCCACCGAUCGGUUUGAUUGCAUGUAUUUUGGUUUACAUGGCUAAAAGACAAUCAAAAUAUAUGUUAACAAAUUAUGAAAAUGUUGUUUAUGAACGAAUUGCUGCUCGAUAUGCAUUCAUUUCUUAUAUUCUAAGUAUAUUUUCAAUAGGGGUUACAAUCAGUAUAAUUACUAUUGUAUUACUCUAUUUUUUUGUACGUGAUCUCAAAAUUGUCAAUCGAAAUGCUUUAAGUAAUAUUCAUUAUGAAGAUAUACUAUCAUUGAAUAAUACUGACAUUAUAAAUAAUCAGCAUGAAGAACAAGAUAAUAUCUCUUUCGAAGAAUAUCAAAUAGAAUAA